AUGUCAGCAGCAAGGAACCGCUCUCUAUCGAUGAGCUCAAGAAGCUCUACGAAUUCUAAGGGAAGGUUAGCCACGCUGGCUGAGCUCAGUUCAACCAUGCCUCCGAGUCCGACAAAGGGCACUCGCGAUUUUGAGCCAUGCGCUGCGACGGCGUCCAUGUUCCUGUAUGCUCAGGGAAGUUCGAUUGUAUGUUGCCACCAUGAUACUCUGAAAAUCGAACGGAGAUUUUCGCGGCACACGGAGGAUAUACAGCUAUUAGCAGCGGAUACGGUCAGUGAGAGGGGUUCUGGAAGGUUGGUCGUGAGCUACGAUGCAGGGCAAACGGCGAUUGUAUGGGACUGCAUGACCGGCGAUGAGAUUGCAAGAUUCGCAUCUUAUGAGAACCUUACCGUAGCCGCAUGGAUGCGCAACGGCAAUGUUGCUUUUGGAAAUACCCAAGGAAGUGUGAUUUUGUUUGAACCUACAACAUCUGAACACAUUUCUGCGAGGACGAUAGACCAGAUUCCAAUCACAGCUUUAGCACCAGCUGCCGAUUGCAGAACAUAUGCUAUUGGAUAUUCGAACGGCUCCCUCAUGAUCGCAUCUCUACAGCCAAGAUUUACAAUCCUUCACAAUCUUUCCACCUCAAGGGGCCCGUCACCCAUUGUUACAUUGGCAUGGCAUGCUUCUUCUUCGCGCCAGAAGUCAGAUAUGCUGGCUGUACAGACAAAUGAUGGGGACCUUCGAGUUUGGAGUAUAGCAAAAUCCCCCACAAGCAGCGACACAGCAAAAGUUGUGAGAGUCCUAAAACGGACAGAAAAUUAUUUUACAGGCCCAAAUUGGCUAGGAUGGUCUAAAAAUGGUCGCAUCAUUCAAUACUCCGAAGGAGAAACGUCAUCAUGGGAUGUGCGAACUAAACAUGUUACCUAUGAAUCGGUACCGACCCUUGAUCACAUUAGGGGUCUUGCUGUUUAUGGGCCAGGCGCCACUUUAUUCACACUAGGCCGUAAUAACACGGCCCAGCAGUUUGACCUCAACUCCCCCCCUGUGAUGGUGGCAAAUGUGCAGCAUCCAGCGAAUCUCCUACCUCCUUCACCACCUGUGUCUAUUGAGGAGCAAUCAGGGCAGAAUGCACCGGCGUCUACAUCAGGCGUUGAACUUUCGGCAGUGCCCAUCAAUAUCGACAUAUCCGAGAGCGAUGAAGAUCAUAUGUCGCCCUUGGCGAGAAUCGCUAGAGAGAUGGACAAGUUAGAGCAGGAACGACAAGAUGCUGGUACAGACCGUGCCGAUACUCUGAGCCCCGUUUCAUCAAGGAGCCGUGCAUCGUCCAACUCUGGUGUCUCGAUAAACUCAAGAUCAUCUGCUGGGUCUCAGCCAUAUCGGCAAUACCGCAAGCACUCUUCAGUCGUAUCCCGUGGCCUCAGUGAAGCGACCAGUAUGUCAUUUGGCUCCUCGCUUCAUUCUAUUCGAGAACCAUCAUUGGCUUCAAGCCGCGACUCUUAUUCAAUGAGCAGUCUGAGUUCCCACUCAAAUGCGUCGCAUCGAUCCCGACCAAGAGGUUCUCGGUUACGCCAGGAGGUCCUUCGCAGCCCGGACGAAGCGAAGGUUAUUGACCUCUUCAAAUUCACGAAAUCCAGGUUAAGCGAUAUUCCGUACCGGCAUCCACAGGUUUUGGACAAUCGGCAUCUCACAAAUAAUGACCUCCGUCGACAGAUGCUCAGUACGAUCUUCGGUUGGGACGGUGAGGCUGAGGACUUGAUCCAGGAUGAGAUGAACAGACAUCCCGUGGGGUCCCCAUCCCGUCUUCUUCUAGCCAAGUGGCUCGGAGACAUCGAUACCGAUAUCAUGGCUUCGAGCUCAGAGUCGAUGACCUCGUCCGAUUGGAUGCUUCUAGCACUCAGUGGGAUCGGCGGUCACGCCUCACAGACCAAAGUUGCUGGAGCAUUCGUUCAACGAUUGCUUGAAAAGGGAGACGUACACACUGCUGCUACGAUCAUGAUUGGAAUGGGGGAUCGGAAUGAUGCCAUCGAGAUUUACGUCUCGCAUAAACGGUACAUGGAGGCGCUGAUUUUGACAUGUUUAGUUUUCCCUGCCGACUGGCAGAGGCAAGCAGAACUAGUCAGAAAAUGGGGCGAGUGGGCAGUCCAGCACAGUCAACAACAGUUGGCGAUAAGAUGUUUCUCUUGUACUGGAUCUGAAUCUUCUGAACCGUGGUUCUCGCCAACUGCGCAAGCAGCAACGUUUUCACAACUUCAAAACCAGGGCAUUCCAGAACUUCUCAGUCCUCCUUUGUCUCCACCUGGAGCAAGGGGCCCUCAGCGCAGUAUUGCGAAAACAUCUGCCUUGAAGCUCAUUACCUCGUUCGGCGAUAAAUCCGCAAAAGCAAAGUUCUUCGGAGCGGGUGAGGAUGAUCGGACUCCUAUCGGUGCCAGUGCUAUAGGUGGAGUGACACCCAUUGCAGAAUCUGCCAUUUCACCUGGAGGUAAUACAGCACAUACCGCUCUCCUCCGACCUGGUCAUCGGAGUGCGUAUAACACUCCAGCAUCCGCCCGUACUGCAACGCCUGGUGGAUUCACGAGACAGCGUCUUCCUUCAAUCGGCGAAACUCCGUCCGAUGUCAUCCCUCGUAGGAGUCUAGAACCAACAACGCCCGUGGCUGCUGGCUCAGGUACCGAAAACCGUUCUCGUGGUCAUGAGCGGAAUAUAUCACAACCUGUUGAAAUUAUGCAACUUAGUUCAGCGAAGUAUAAUCCGCCUCCAACAAAUCGAGCUGCUACUGCAAGCCCGAUGAUGGAGAAGAACAGAGAGAAGACUUCAAACCCACUGCCCUCACCAUCUCCAGAGACCUUUACUGCUAUAAAGCGGGAUGCCCGUGCGCGGAAUGGAUCCCGCGACCGUAAACCUGAUGGUCUCCAAAUCCAAUGGCCGCCGAUGGAAUCCAUCCUCACUGGCGAUUACAUGACAUCUCCUGACCAAUCAGCCACGUCUGCAAGGUUUCGCGGUCCACGCUCUGCUGCUGGAUCGGUGGUUUCGCACUCAUCACUUGGAGCCAGAAGCUAUAAAAGCACAGGAAACCAUAGCCCAAGUGUAACUGGGAGGAGUCUUGACCAGUACAUCAGUAGUUUGGAGUCGGCACAAUACCACUCCGGAAGGCGCCGAGCUCGACAUAGUAGCCGUGAGAGACAUGAAAAAUCAGGAAGAGCUCACAGUAGCAGCCGAAGGGCUAAGGCACGAGAACCGUCAGAAGACCGCGGACGUACGGCUGCUCGUUAUAUCAAACCAGCUAAGCGUUCGCCCACAUCACCUCUGCCCAUGUCGCCCGAAGAUCUCAGAGGUCUCGGAGCGGUCGGAUACGGCGAUGACACCACCGAGUCAACAAGAAAGGGAGAUGAUCCAAAAUCCAGAGCUUCGAAGCCAUCCAGCAGAGUUCGCCGGUCAUCCCCUGAGCCUGUGGCACGUUUACAGACGGCCAGCAAGCCUGGGAGCCGGGUGACAAGUCGAAACAGUAGUCGCCGCCGUAGCCCUGACACUCGUCUAACCCUUCUGGACACUCGUGGAAGAGGCAAUAUUCGCGAAGGAUCCGUGAUACGCUCACCGUCAUCUCCGUUGCCAAUGUCUCCUCAAGCAAAGCUGUACCAGGCGGACGAUGAUGAGGAUGAAGAUGACCUCAAGCGAGCGGUCAAGGAUCAGAUGCGGUUUAGAUCUCGACAAAGAAGUACCAGCCGACUCAGGGAGCGUGGUACGGCUCGUGAAGGUUCCCCAGACAGAAGACGACGUGAUCGAUCAUCUAGCCGGAGACCGGGUGAAAGAGAUGCCAGCAGGGUGCGGAAGGAACAGGACUCACAGCUGAAAUGGGAUCGUCGGGAACUGGAAUCAUCUCAUUCCAGGCGAGCGUCCGAGGCGAAAGCUGGCGAUCUCAACCGGAUUAAAGACGAGAGAACUCUCAAGAAGGAGCAAGCGGCUCGUGAACUUGAAGAGAGGCGGAAGUCUCUCGCCCGUAGACCAUCUGUCCCCCCAAUUGUUCAUCCCGAGGAGCUUGCUAGAUUGUCUCCGAUGAGCUAUCAACCCGGGACACCCCAGGAGUUCUUCAGAGGCACAACGUCUCCCCCUCCGAGGCACAAUCAAACCCAACACAGCCGCAGUCAGACUGCCUCCCCUGUGAACACACAAUCAACACAAGACCACUUCGGUGAUUCUAAUAGCUCAGGUCCACAAAUCGGUCUUCCAGCUACGCCAAGAGCAAUGCGGCAUCCCAAAUAUGACCCCGAGGGCAGAGAUGUUCCCGAUGUUCCUGAGAUUCCGGUGAAGUUCGAUAAUAUUCAACCGCCAUCCUGGGGAAACUCCAACACUCUUUCCUACAACAGUGCCUUUGAGAAUCUUGCACCUCUUCCGAAGUCAGUCUACCAGGGCCCCUCUAGACGUGUACCACCGCGUUCUGCUUCUGCUCCAAUUCCUGAAGAACCCAACUCACCACCUGCACUACCUGCCGCUCUCCCGUUACACCCAGCUUUCCAGGCCGCAUUGCCACCAAGUUCUAGACGACGAGGGCAAGACUCGAGUUUCCAAAGACCGUCGCAGUCUUACUCGUUGCGAAAAAUUAACCCCGGAGACUCCCAGCCAGGAACAUUAGGCUAUGAAACCAGAAACAACAAUCCAGUCUACUCGACUGGUAAUCCGGCCAUGAUGAGUGGAAUUGACGAGACCAUCGAGGCGAACACUCAGUCUCUCAAUCCUUCAAAUGACAAUCUCACUCCCCCACCCCCACCGCCUCCUCCAGCACCACCGAUACUCAAGGAAUUGCAGCAUCUCGCAACACCUCCUCCCCCACCUCCAGCUCCUAUUGCACCUCUUUACCGCCACAAUGAUCCUAACACAAACUCAAUCGUCUCCGGGGUCUCAUCUCAAGGAUCGCAAGUCAUAGAGAUUGUGAUGGACGAAGAAGAAGAGAAGGCCAGUAGCCCUAAUCAAAGUGGCUCGGCUCCACCCCAGCAACCAUUUGGACGAGACUCAGCCGCUAGUCACAGCCGUGGUCGCAGCGAAAAUGACAACAGUAUCUCCGGACGCUUCACACGUGCUGCUGAACGACUUCGAAGCGCCAGCCGUGGGCGGAAUACAACGUCGCCCAUAGCAGACUUUACAAAGCCAUAUGAGCCAAGCCCAUAUGAAAGCGUGCCGCCAGUCUGGAACAUGAAUAGAAAUGCGGCUACUAGUCCUGCUGCUUCGAAUGCCAAUCUCAGCGGGAAUGGCAACAUGAUUGAAAGACAUCCGAGGGAUGUCAAGGGUGCCAUGAGCCAGGAGGAUGGAGGAAUGAUCUAA